AUGACUGUCUGUCCUCAUAAGAACGAAACAAACGGGGGGGACCUGCACAUACACCCCAAACACAACCACAAUACAACAUAUACACAACAGCAACAGCAGAAACAGCAGCAGCAGCAGCAGCAGCAACUGCAGCAAGAGCAGCAACAGCAACAGCAGAAGAAACAGCAGCAACAGCAGCAAAAGCAACAGCAACAGCAGCAGCACCAAAAGCAGCAGCAGCAAAAGCAGCAGCAGCAGCAGCAGCAGCAGCAACAGCAGCAACAGAAACAGCAACAGCAGCAGUAA